AUGAUAUUUAAUAGAAUAAAUUCAAGUAUAAUAAAAACAACAAACUUUUUAUUUAAUAAUAAUAAUAAAAAUGUUUUAAAGAAUUUUAAAAUAUUUUAUAGUAGUGGAAUAAAUUCAACAUUACCUUCAUCAUUAUCAAAUAAUAUAAACAAUUUUAAAAACAAUAAUAAUGAUUUAUUUAAAACAUUUGAUAUUGAAAAAAUUAAAAAGGAAUAUGAAAAUAAUAAUGAAAGUGGUAUAAUUGAAUAUUAUGAAUCAUUUAUUGAUGAUUUUGCAAAGAAAGAAACAAGAUUGAUGAAUUGGGAUUCGUCUCAUUGGGCAUCUUUUAAAGGUCAUAAAGAAUAUUUAAAAUUAUUAUUAGCAGAUGGUAAACAGCAAAAACCUGAUAAAUUUGGUGUAACAUCAUUACAAAUUGCAAUUCAAAGAGGAUUUUUCGAUAGUGCUAUAUUAAUUGUUGAAAGUGGUCUAGUUGAUCCAAAUCAAAGGGAUACUAAACCUGGUAUUAGAUUAUCACCAUUACAUUUAUCAUUAAAUCAUUCAAAUCCAUCAAUUGAUUUAAUUAAAUUAUUAUUAAAAAAAGGUGCAAAUGUUAAUCAAGAAUCAACUGAUAAAAGAACACCUUUAUUCCGUGCUUGCCAACUUUCAAGAGAAGACAUCAUUCAAUUACUAUUAGAAUAUGGUGCAAAUAUUAACAUUCAAGAUAAUCCAAAAACUAAUGGUUGGGAAUAUUAUAGAGUUUCAACUCCUUUACAUAUUUCAGUUUCAAAAGGUGAUUACAAUAUUGUAAAAUUAUUAUUAGAAAAAGGAGGUAAUGCAAAUUUAAGAUUAAUGGAUGAUUGUGGUGAAAGUUUACUUCAUGUUGCAGCAUUAAAUGGUGAUAUAGAAAUGUCAAAAUUAUUAAUUGAAAAUGGUGCUGAUUUUAAUGCAUUGGAUUGUUAUGAAGCAACACCAUUAGAUUAUGCACAAUCUGGUUAUCAAUCUAAUUUAGAAUAUGUUGAAUUUUUAAAAUCAAAUUAUAAAAAUAUUAAAAAUGGAAAAGGAAGAAAAAUGUAA